AUGAGUGCCGCCGCUGUAGACGAGGACUACUAUGCCGAAGAUCCUUAUGGGUAUGAAGAUGAGAACUUUCCUAUUACCGCAGAGGAUUCAUGGGCAGUGAUAUCUGCAUUCUUCAGAGAGAAAGGUCUUGUCUCUCAACAGUUGGAUUCGUUUAACCAGUUUGUGGAUUACACAUUACAAGAUAUUAUUAGUGAGGAUUCUACAUUGAUAUUAGAACAACUAGCACAACAUACUACAGAAUCUGAUAAUAUAAGUCGGAAGUAUGAAAUUAGUUUCGGUAAAAUCUAUGUGACGAAACCUAUGGUUAAUGAAUCCGAUGGUGUCACACAUGCUCUUUACCCACAGGAGGCACGUCUACGUAACUUAACUUAUUCCUCAGGUCUUUUCGUCGAUGUUAAAAAGAGAACUCAUGAAGCUGUAGAUAUACCAGGAAGGGAACUGAAAUAUGAGAUGAUUGCUGAGGAAAGUGAAAAUGAUAGUGAUAGUGGUAAAGUUUUCAUUGGUCGUUUACCAAUCAUGUUAAGAUCGAAGAACUGUUACUUGAGUGAUGCUACGGAAUCAGAUCUUUACAAGUUGAAAGAAUGUCCAUUUGAUAUGGGUGGUUAUUUUAUUAUCAAUGGUUCUGAAAAGGUGUUGAUCGCUCAGGAGAGAUCUGCAGGUAACAUUGUUCAGGUCUUUAAGAAAGCAGCACCUUCACCAAUUUCUCAUGUGGCAGAAAUUAGAUCAGCUUUAGAAAAGGGGUCACGUUUUAUCAGUACUUUACAAGUUAAGCUUUUUGCUAGGGAAGGUAAUUCUUCACGUACCAUCAAGGCAACACUGCCUUACAUUAAACAAGAUAUCCCAAUUGUUAUUAUCUUUAGAGCAUUGGGUAUCAUCCCGGAUGGUGAAAUUCUAGAGCACAUUUGUUAUGACGUUAAUGAUUGGCAGAUGUUAGAAAUGUUAAAACCAUGUGUGGAAGAUGGGUUUGUGAUUCAAGAUCGUGAAACUGCGCUAGAUUUUAUCGGUCGUCGUGGUACCGCCCUUGGUAUCAAAAAGGAGAAAAGAAUUCAAUACGCAAGAGACAUUUUACAAAAGGAGUUUUUACCACACAUUACUCAGUUGGAAGGUUUUGAAAGUAGAAAGGCGUUUUUCCUUGGUUAUAUGAUCAACAGAUUACUAUUAUGUGCAUUAGAUCGUAGAGACCAGGAUGACCGUGAUCAUUUCGGAAAGAAAAGAUUGGACCUGGCUGGUCCACUGUUAGCCCAACUUUUCAAAACGCUUUUCAGAAAAUUAACUAGAGAUAUCUUCCGGUACAUGCAAAGAACUGUGGAAGAAGCAAAAGACUUUAAUAUGAAAUUGGCUAUCAAUGCCAAGACUAUUACUUCAGGUCUCAAGUACGCUUUAGCCACUGGUAACUGGGGUGAACAAAAGAAAGCCAUGUCAUCAAGAGCUGGUGUUUCUCAAGUUUUGAAUCGUUAUACCUAUUCUUCAACGCUAUCUCAUUUGAGAAGAACAAAUACUCCUAUUGGUCGUGAUGGUAAACUAGCUAAACCCCGUCAAUUGCAUAAUACCCAUUGGGGGUUGGUUUGUCCUGCAGAAACUCCUGAAGGUCAAGCUUGUGGGUUGGUUAAAAACUUAUCAUUAAUGUCGUGUAUUUCCGUUGGUACGGACCCAAUGCCCAUUAUCACCUUCUUGAGUGAAUGGGGUAUGGAACCCUUAGAAGAUUAUAUUCCACAUCAAUCUCCAGAGGCAACAAGAGUCUUUGUUAACGGUGUAUGGCAUGGUGUCCAUAGAAAUCCAGCUAGAUUAAUGGAAACCCUGAGAACCUUGAGAAGAAAAGGUGAUAUCAAUCCGGAAGUUUCCAUGGUUAGAGAUAUUCGUGAAAAGGAAUUGAAAAUCUUUACAGAUGCUGGUAGAGUGUAUAGGCCACUUUUCAUUGUAGAUGAUGAUGAAACGCUAAAUCGUAAGGAACUGAGAAUAAGAAAAGGACACAUUUCUAAAUUAAUGGCUACGGAAUAUCAGGACAUCGAAGGUGGGUUUGAAGAUUCAGAAGAAUAUACCUGGACCUCGUUGUUAAACGAUGGUUUGGUGGAAUACAUUGAUGCAGAAGAAGAGGAAACAAUUUUAAUUUCUAUGCAACCAGAAGAUUUAGAACCCGUACAAGAAAAUACUUUUAAUGAAGACGAUGACGAUUUGGCAAGACGUAUAAAGGCGACUCACCAUGCUACGACUUUUACACACUGUGAAGUUCACCCAUCUAUGAUUCUUGGUGUGGCUGCAUCUAUUAUUCCAUUCCCUGAUCAUAACCAAUCUCCUCGUAACACUUAUCAAGCUGCUAUGGGUAAACAGGCAAUGGGUGUAUUCUUAACCAAUUACAACGUUCGUAUGGAUACCAUGGCUAACAUUUUGUACUAUCCCCAAAAGCCUCUGGGGACUACACGUGCCAUGGAAUACUUGAAAUUCAGAGAAUUACCCGCUGGUCAAAAUGCUAUUGUGGCCAUUGCAUGUUACUCUGGUUACAAUCAAGAGGAUUCCAUGAUUAUGAAUCAAUCCUCUAUUGAUAGAGGUCUUUUCAGAUCGUUAUUCUUUAGAUCCUACAUGGAUCAAGAAAAGAAAUACGGUAUGUCUAUUACCGAAACUUUUGAGAAGCCUCAACGCACAAACACUUUAAGAAUGAAACACGGUACUUAUGAUAAAUUAGAUGACGAUGGAUUAAUUGCCCCAGGUGUUAGAGUAUCUGGUGAAGAUAUUAUCAUUGGUAAAACAACACCUAUUUCUCCUGAUGAAGAGGAAUUAGGUCAAAGAACUGCAUACCAUUCUAAACGUGAUGCCUCCACGCCAUUAAGAAGCACAGAAAAUGGUAUUGUGGAUCAAAUUUUAAUCACUACGAACCAGGAUGGGUUGAAAUUUGUUAAAGUUCGUGUGAGAACUACCAAGAUCCCACAAAUCGGUGAUAAAUUUGCAUCUCGUCACGGUCAAAAGGGUACCAUUGGUAUUACCUAUGGUAGAGAAGAUAUGCCAUUUACUGCUGAAGGUAUUGUACCUGAUUUGAUCAUCAACCCUCAUGCCAUUCCAUCUCGUAUGACAGUCGCGCAUUUAAUCGAAUGUCUAUUGAGUAAAGUUGCAGCAUUGUCUGGUAAUGAAGGUGAUGCUUCUCCAUUUACAGAUAUUACUGUGGAGGGUAUAUCGAAACUACUUCGUGAACACGGUUAUCAAUCUCGUGGUUUUGAAGUCAUGUACAAUGGUCAUACUGGUAAGAAAUUAAUGUCACAAAUUUUCUUUGGCCCCACAUACUACCAACGUCUAAGACACAUGGUAGAUGACAAGAUUCAUGCAAGAGCUCGUGGUCCAAUGCAAGUUCUAACGAGACAACCUGUUGAAGGUAGAUCAAGAGACGGUGGUUUAAGAUUCGGUGAGAUGGAGCGUGAUUGUAUGAUUGCGCACGGUGCAGCUGCUUUCCUAAAGGAAAGAUUAAUGGAAGCAUCUGAUGCCUUCAGAGUUCACAUUUGUGGUAUUUGUGGGUUGAUGAGUGUUGUAGCUAAAUUGAACCACAACCAAUUCGAAUGCAGAGGUUGUGAUAAUAAGAUUGAUAUUUAUCAAAUCCACAUCCCAUAUGCCGCCAAAUUGCUUUUCCAAGAAUUGAUGGCAAUGAAUAUCACACCACGUCUGUACACCGAUAGAUCAAAAGACUUUUGA